CUACUUUCCUGUGGAGGUCAAAUGUCUGAAGAAAAUCCCCAAGAGUGCACGGAGCCGGUGGAACCCAAGGCUAAGCCUGCCCCAGAGAAGACGAGCGACUACUACUGCGUGAGCGAGCAGCUCCCAGUCAGGUUCAACAACCCGGGGUGGUUUCGAGGCUACAGGACCAAUGAGGCUGUCUCCAUGUACAGGACCAGUAACCAAACCUAUGGGAGCAGAGCACCCACAGUGCAUGAGAUGCCGAAAGUAUUUUAUCCAUCUUCAAAUAAGUUCUCCAGACAACUUUCAGCUUCUGGAAUGUUCCGGAAUAAUACUUUUAAUGUCGGCUUGGAGAAGAGCCUAGUGACAGGCCCUGACAAUUACAUCACCCACUGUGACCGCCUUAAUUUUCACCCCAGUUACAAUGUUAACAGGCCAUCCAUCUGUGACUAA